AUGGAGCGGCGGAGACACGCGGUGCUGGGGCCGCCCGCGCCGGCCCCACGUGCGAUCUCGGCUUCUAAAGGUCGGAGUUGCCCCCGGCCGCAGCGCCUUCCCCACGUGCGUCCCCCGCGCGGGGAGCGGCAGAGCUGUCCCCCAGCGCACCGGCCGCCGCUCCGCUCCGGCCGCUUCCCGCUGCCGCUCAUUCAUCUCCCGCGCGAAAAAGAGCAGCAGGAAGCAAUUGAACACAUUGAUGAAGUACAGAAUGAAAUAGACAGACUGAAUGAACAAGCCAGUGAGGAAAUUUUGAAAGUAGAACAGAAAUACAACAAACUCCGCCAACCAUUCUUCCAGAAGAGGUCAGAAUUGAUCGCCAAAAUCCCGAAUUUCUGGGUAACAACAUUUGUCAACCACCCACAAGUAUCUGCACUGCUGGGAGAAGAAGAUGAGGAAGCACUGCAUUACUUGACCAGAGUUGAGGUGACAGAAUUUGAAGACAUCAAAUCAGGUUACAGAAUAGAUUUUUAUUUUGAUGAGAAUCCCUACUUUGAAAAUAAAGUUCUCUCCAAAGAGUUUCACCUCAAUGAAAGUGGAGACCCAUCUUCAAAAUCAACUGAGAUUAAAUGGAAAUCUGGAAAGGACCUGACAAAACGUUCAAGCCAGACACAGAACAAAGCCAGUAGGAAGAGGCAGCAUGAAGAGCCAGAAAGCUUCUUCACCUGGUUCACUGAUCACUCUGAUGCAGGGGCUGAUGAAUUAGGAGAAGUCAUCAAGGAUGACAUCUGGCCAAAUCCCCUACAGUACUACUUGGUUCCUGAUAUGGAUGAUGAAGAAGGGGAGGGAGAGGAGGAUGAUGAUGAUGAUGAAGAGGAGGAAGGAUUAGAGGAUAUUGAUGAAGAAGGAGAUGAAGAUGAGGGAGAGGAAGAUGAAGAUGAUGAUGAGGGAGAGGAAGGAGAGGAGGAUGAAGGAGAAGAUGACUAAUUGAACACUGAUGGAUUCCAAACCCCCUUUUUACCUUUUUAAUUUUUUCUCCAGUCCCUGGGAGCAAGUUGCUGUCUUUUUUUUCUUGUGCUCAGUCGCCUUGUUCUCUUGAGGUCUCUUUUUCUCUCCUCUACACCAUGGUUCACAAUUUAUUUUGGGGAAAUACCUUGAGCAGAAUACAGUGGAAAAGAAUCUACCAGUUUCUGUUUCAAGUUCAUUUUUAUCCCUUUCUGUCUCAAAACAAAAACUGUUUAUGAAUC